UUAAAUCUUCCCCUCUGGGUUACCUGUUUGGGUGGGUGGGCUUCAUUUUCUUAAGCUAGACCCCCUCAUGUGUGAGACUGUGCAUUUGUGUCUGAGAUGGGACAAAGCUACAGAAUGAAUGGGGGACAUGGGUGAGCAAAUGUUCCUGUGCAGAAGUGUGCUGACUUAAUGCUUAACUGGAUUUGUUAUUAUAAAUAUAUCUUGUUUUUAUAUGCGAGUGUCCAGGCUGAUACUCUCCACUUGUGUCACUCGAUGGGGGGGCUUCUGCAGGGGGUCAAAACUGACAUACUGUCGCUCUCUAAUGAAGCUCUCAGUGUGGUAUGUGGUGGGGCUGAGCUGCUCAUCGCUGUGCCGUUAAUUCGUCAGAGGGGAUUUGGAGAUGUUGUCUCAGUAGGUCGCAGGGUUUGGAAACCGGGAAGGAGGAUUAAGUUGGCCCUCCGCCUGCACACCCGUCCAGUUAAGGUCCAUUAGUGUUUGACAUUUGAGUGUCUGUCACUGGAUUUAUUCGUCUUUUGGGGACUGAUGCCUUAAUUGGGGUGAACGAUGAAGUUGUAUGUAGAUGUGACCUUCCUGCAGAGUCAACUCGGUUACAGUGUCAAUCUGUGACAACAAUCCGUCUCGUGAAACAGCUCCACUUUAUGCCGUUCUCUGUGAAUAUCUGCAGCAGUUCCAAAUUUGAGUGACUUUGUUUAACAAAUACUGAAUUAAACUUUUAAGACUUUCCUUUUGGAGCAAAACCUAAAGUUGUUCUCUGGGUCUCAAAACGUGUUGCUCUAAUACAGUCUGGAGGAGCAACCCAAGCCGGGGAGGAUUCACACGGCUGGAAGUAGCUGACUUGUGAAGCUAAAAUUAAGCUGAGGGCAGAUUUGGAAUGUUGCACUCGGGCAUCAAGACGUGGAGAAGACGACCUGCGGAUGGUGACAAAUCUUAAGAGCGGUCGGUGGCAGAAUGACAACUUGCAGCCUGAUCAUUUAAAAAAACAAAAUAAUUAACAAAGAAAUCGACCUCUACCUAGCAAAGAUCAGGGAAACAGAAAGAGAUGACCUCAAAGUUUAUUUUCUGCUCCAGUAAAAGCAAAGGCCCUGGCACAGAAGCCGAGUGUAAAUCAUUCUGGAGCGUUUAUGAGUGUACAACCUUUGUCACUGUGAAAUCCAAACCCUUGUAAUGGUCUUUGACUUAUAGAACACACAGUAACUCCAUGCUGCUGCGUGUGUCAGUGCACUACUCCUAUAGCUCCUUAACGCACGAGGACAAUAACAAACCAAACAAGCUCGCAUGCAGUGAAUCAGGUUUUUACUUCAUGUAUCGCCAAAAUAAGUGCCUUUCCCCCACAGACAGUGUGCUCUUCAAAUGACUCCACGAACAUGCACCGACUCAGUAUGAAGCGCCAGCCUGUGAAAUCUGUUGAUACUUUAACAGCCGUGACCGAAGUGCCCAUGCGCGAAACUCAACAGAUGGUUGGAGUGGGAAGACCCGAAUUGGUUUCAAUAAUCAGGGCAGUUGGAGCAGCAGCUGCUUCAGCUCCUGUCGGAGGAAACAUGUUCGCUGUGAUUUAGAAUGGUGGAGCCCAGUUACACCUCGUACAGUCACGUUACAGCUCUGAAUAUGUCCUCCGCCUGCUGUUCACUACUAUUGAAACCUUCACAACAAAGAAUUCAUGCAGAGGUCAACUUUGUUUGACUUUGACCAAAUGGAUGUCGGCCAAUAGUGGUGCACCGUGUCUAGACACUUACGUGGCAUCUCAUCCUGCUUCUGAUCUGAGUACAGGACAUCAGGACACAAAGGCUACGUUCAGACUGCAAGUGAAGCAGAUUUGUGUGUCCGACUUGCAAAAAUCACAUUUUUUUUUCUUUUUUUCUUGCAGUCCAACUUUCUAAAAUCAAUCAAACUAUAAUCUGGAUUUGCCAAAAAAACAAAUGUAUUUAAGCUGUCAGUCUGAACAAGGCCCAACUCCUCUGACGGCCCUGUGAUAGUCUGCGCAGGUGUUUUCAGUUGUUCUGGUUGAUUACACCGGCUCAGGUUGAAUGACUCGGUAGUUUCCUCUAUUGUGAGCAGCAACUCGAUAGUCAUUGUGUUGUCUCACAACAGGGAUUAUUGCGUCUAUAAUAUACAACACAUUGUGGGAUUGUUAGCACAUAGUAGUGUACAGGCCACACUACUAUGUUUGUUCCAUUGCAGCAUUUGAGUGAGGGCACUACUGUGACUCAAUUUUAAAAUUCUGAAUUGGGGCACGAGACUCACAGUUGAGCUUUGAAUCUGAUUUAUCUUAUAAUCAGUUUCUGAUUCAGUUCCAAGUUGGUGAAAUGAAUUAUUGAAGUGAAGCUCACACUCUUGAGUCUUUUAUAAGUGAAGAUUCACGUCAUUAUUUCCCAAAUACUGAACAGAACAUUUGGUCUUGAGUUGAAGUUCUUGCAUUGUUUUUGGUUGUGCAGACACAAUAAGAUACUGGAUGACGAGCUACACCUUUCAUAGGAUUCAGACCCAGUUGAUCCAGUAUUAGGCUGAUUAUUUCCGAUCUGAUGAUCUCAGUUCCGAGGAGAAGCUAGCUCACACUCGCUCUCAUUCUGCCAUUCUCUCAAUAUUGAGUAGCUGUCAUUAACCAACCCUAAUGAAAUGUAGACGUUUAUAACCAGGCUCAGCUGAUGUCACGGCUCUCAUAAAAACAGCAACUGCAGGUGCAGGAGAUGGUUGAGAUUUGAAUACUGGAAAAAGAAACGUCCCGAGCCAGCUGGCAGCGGCAGGUGACGGCCACCGCUCCCAGUUUGUUGUGGUUUUUAUAGAGUUCCUACCGGGACCGCUGGUGACAGAUGCACAUUCAACGUCCAGUCAGUUUGCCGCUUGGUCGGAGACUUCCUGGCACGUGGAACGUGCCAAAUGAAAUGUCAAAACAAAUGUAAACACAAUGGUGGGCCUGGCUGCUUGUCCGCUCACCAGAGGCUUAUUUUUUAUUAUCUGCCAAAGUCCGUGCAACUAUUUUAUGAUAAUUUACUGUAAAACAAUCAGUGAUAAAAUAAAUUCAGGAUUUGGAGUUCCCUAAACAAUGCGAGAAGAGGAAAUGUACCUUUUUAUUAUAAGACCCCCAAACCAGUGAUCUCUUUCUAAAAGAGUAUAUGUCAAAGUAGUUAGAUCUUCGGUUCGUUGACUGGCGGGCUGCUGGCACGCAGUCGUCUGAGCCCUCACACUUAGCUCAAGUGUCAGAAAACAGCCACGCGUUUAACUCAACAAUAAGCACGGCUCAAAGGCUCGACGGCCGGCAAAUCACAUGAGCCUUGUUGGGAUGGAGCUCUGGGUCACAUUCACUCCUUAAGUCUCAGACGACUCGCUACGUUAAAUACAGAAGAAAAGCACUGAGAAACUCUAACAAGCAGGAUUGGGAAAGGUUCAUUUUUUAACAUUUUUGUUACCUGAAAAUGGAUUUACAUGAAGCAGAAUAGAACUAUUGAGUAAACAAAACAAAAGUUGCUUAAAUAAAUGAAUCUAUCAAUAAAUCGUGGCAUGAUAAACAAAUAAAUAUUCCAUCAUUUGAUGCUUUACUGUAAUAUACAACACAACAUUAAUGUCUGACUGAUGAAAUUUAAUGCAUUAGAAAUGAAAUAAAAACUAAAUUCUUUAGUGAUGGUUUCCCUCAAGUGAAGAUGCUUUUGGUUUAAUGUCCCCUCACUGCUAGCUACACAGAUUAUAUUAGCAUGGCCCGACAGUGAGGGUUGCCCGACAAUAGAGACAGCAGACAGAAAAACAUUCACCCCAUGAGCAAUACAUUUAUCAUUUUUGUUGCAUUCGUGAUAUUUAAAUAUUGCUGUUACAGGUGUGUUUACUUGCGAGACAAUAGUGAAGCAAAUUAAGUUGUUCGACUGUUGGACGAAAACUUUGAAUAACUCGUCAACAUCUCAAACAAACAAAGAAGCAGAUGAACCUGAACAUAAAACAAAAAGGAAAGUCGAAAGGGAGGCGACGUUAAGGCUGGGAGAUACCAAUAUCUCCUAUCUCCAUAACAUAUAUAUAUGACGUAUCACUUCACAGUAUCUCAAUCACUCUAAAUAUAAGGGGACAAAAAAUGGCAGACGUAUUUUCAGUUUGGGCGAGCCAAAGCUGAUGCCCCCUGGUUGCAGUUUGUGUUGAACCCUGACUAUGCACCAUCAAGUUGUUUCUUGGUAACGCCAUAAUAACGUAGGUGAUGUAAAGAGUUUAACGUCUGUCCGUUAAGACUCAGAGGCUGUGUUUCAUAUAACAACGUUUUAUCCCACAGCCAGGCUGAUCUAUAUCCUCCACCGGGUGCUUUGAGCUGCAGCCUCCUUCCCCUCAUCCUUUUAAAUCUGCUUCAUCUUCCUCUGCAAUCCGGUGUUUGUGUCAUUGGCUUUACGCGUUAGAGCCACACAGCGUCGGCGAGGGAAAGUGAGAGAGAAAUCCAGAGGUCCUGUCCAAGGAGACGAUCUGAAACUGCCCUCUCGCCCAGAGGUGUGCAGCGGUGUGUAUGAGUGAGUGCGUGUGUAUGUGAGCCAGAGCCUCAGGAGCCAUGUCGGACCCCCGGGACAUCGACGAGGAUGCCAUCCUCAAGGGCCUCAGUGCUGCGGAGCUGGACCAGCUGGAUGCUGAUCUGCAGGAGAUGGACCCCGAGAAUGCCAUGCUGCCCGCUGGCUACCGGCAGCGUGACCAGACGAAGAAGGGCCCGACGGGGGAGUUUGACCGCGACGCCCUGCAGCAGCACUUGGAGAAGCAGGCCCUGGAGCACGAGGACAGGGAGGACCUGGUGCCCUUCACUGGGCAGAAGAAAGGAAAGUCCUUCGUGCCCAAGAAACCAGCGGAGAUCCCUGCGCACGAGCAGGUGAUACUGGAGCCGGAGCUGGAGGAGGCUCUGAAAAAUGCCACCGACGCAGAGAUGUGUGACAUCGCAGCUAUCCUGGGAAUGUACACGCUGAUGAGCAACAAGCAGUACUACGACGCUCUGGGCACCACAGGAACUAUCGCCAACAUCGAGGGCAUCAACAGUGUAGUGAAACCAGAUCCAUUCAAGAUCUUCCCCGACGAGCUGCCCAACCCCACCAACGUGGAGGAAACCCUGGAGAGGAUCCACAACAACGACAGCAGCCUGACCGAAGUCAACCUCAACAACAUCAAGGACAUUCCCAUCCCAACACUGAAGGAGGUCUUCGAGGCGAUGAAGGGAAACUCUCACGUGGAGUCUCUGAGCAUCGCCGCGACCCGCAGCAACGACCCCGUGGCCUACUCAUGUGCCGAGAUGCUGCAGGAGAACACCAGCUUGCAGAGUCUUAAUGUUGAGUCCAACUUCAUCACUUCGGACGGCAUGUUGGCGGUCAUCAAAGCUAUGACCAGCAACGCCACGCUGGUGGAGCUCAAGAUCGACAACCAGAGGCAGAAGCUGGGAGACUCUGUUGAGAUGGAGAUCGCCUCCAUGUUGGAGAACAACUCCAGCAUCCUCAAAUUCGGCUACCACUUCACCCAGCAGGGUCCCCGCGCCAGAGCGGCCAUGGCAAUCACACGAAACAACGACAUGAUUCGCCAGCAGAGAUUGAGAUGAAAGCAGCGAGGAGCCAACAGAAGAACAGCCACUUCAGCCCUGUGGAGCCUUUGGACAGACCAGCCUCCCGCCAGCUUCCUCCAUGCGGAGCGCCGGAGCUGAACCAAUCCUCCCCAAAUUAACCCGGGUCGCUGAGCGCGGUGCGACCCACCUAACACCCAUGUGCAACCAUUUCAUUUCAUUUACUGCAGCCAGCUUUUUUUUUUGUAGACUGUGCUGAAUUCACCAUAAAGGCAUGUAUAGGUCACAAGCAAAA